UUUUUCUUUACUUCAAUGAAGAGAUCGGUUUUCUUUCCUUUCUUUGAAUUUAUGGACCUGCAAUAUUAUGAAGAAAAUCAUAGAGAAGGAUAACCGAAACAAAAUGAUGGAAUUUCUGAUAGGAUUGGACAAUCAAUAUGAACCUAUCAGAAAUCAAGUACUAGGAAUUGAUCCUCUUCCUACUGUGAAUCAAGCAUUUUUAGGAUUCAACAGAUUGAAACACAAAAGUCUAUCACUGGAAGCUAUGCAGACAUUUAAGGAGGAAUGGCUAUGGCAGUGAAUAAAUUCAGGAGGACUUCAAAUAAUCAAGGCAACAAUGAAGAAAGCAAACCUUUAUCUAAGGCUGAGUGUCAAAAGAUGAAUCUGGAAAAACAAUCGUUGCUUUGUACUCACUGUAACAAGAUGGGACAUAUCACUGUAAAAUCAGCUAUGCAAAACUCAGGAAAUAACAACAACAUGAAGAAGUUUGCCGGAAAUGCAGAUUUCAAAGCAACUGAAGAAAAUGAAACUCCAUUUGAUCUGGAUGAAACCAAACAGUUCAAGAUGCUGAAUCAGAUUGAUCCUCAAAUUAUUCAGGCAUAUCUCGCUCAAAGAUCAAAGGAUUAUUCUUAUCAAGGAAACAAUUCUCUUGAGGUCAGAACAUCCUCUUCACAUUUCAACCUAACAGGUAUGACAUAUGUUUCUUGUGUUGAUAUAAAAGAAAGAAAUCAUGAAUCACAUGUCUGGAUAAUCGACACUGGAGCAACAGACCACAUGACACAUGAUUUGAGAAUUCUGGAAAAUAAAACAUAUCUGCUAGAACCUAGUAAUAUUGUUCUUCCAGAUGGAAAUGUGAAGAAAGUCACAUUAAUUGGUGAUGUUAACCUUUCUGAAGAAAUCAGACUUAAGCAAGUGAUGUAUAUGCCAGGAUUUCAACACAAUUUAUUAUCCAUAGGACAAUUAUUGAAAAACACUAAGAUGACAGUGAAUUUCAAUAACCAUGGAUGCUAUGUACAGGACCCUACAACUGAGAAGAAGAUACAUCUUGGAAGAAAGAAGAAUGGACUGUACAUACUUGAAGCAAAUAAAAGGGCAGAUGAAGCUGGAUCUUCCUCUAUCAUCCAUAAGAACAGUGAUAAAAGAUUACAUUGUUUAGCUAAUGAGUCAUGUAAAGUUUCCAAUACCUUGUUGUUAUUGCAUAAUAAACUUGGUCAUUCUUCUUUGUCAAAACUACAACAUAUUGGAUUUGGAAGUAAUGAACAUAGUUUGUUUUAUGAAACUUGUAUCAUGGCAAAACAUCAUAAGCUGCCUUUUGAAAGAAGUGUUUCA